AUGGUCAUGUCAAUCAUCUCAGGUGUCUACGGCAUCAGCUCCACCUUGUACUCCAACCUAUUCAUCACUCUUCCAUACCCAGAGACCAAGGAUGAUCUAUCAGAUAAAGUCAUGAUAGUAUCUGGUUCCAACCAAGGCUUAGGUUUUGAAUCUAGUCAACACCUUCUCCGUCUUGGCCUUGGAAAGCUCAUUAUGGCUGUCCGCAAUCUCGAAAAAGGCGAAGAAGCUCGUCAAGAGUUGUUGAAGUUGACCAAGCGAGAGCCCGAGUCAAUUGAGGUUUGGUUACUUGAUAUGGCCAACUACGAGUCUGUUAAGGCAUUUGCUGCGAGGGCAAACACCUUGCCCAGACUUGACGUUGUGCUCGCCAAUGCUGGCCUUGCAACUUCAGCUGAGUUCACAACUGUCGAGGACAACGAACGUACCAUCACUGUCAACGUCAUCUCCACCUUUCUUCUCUUCUUCCUUCUGCUUCCAAAACUUCGCAAGUCGUCCUACCCAGGCAAAUUCGUCAUUCCCAACUCAGCCACACAUUACUGGGCACCCACUAAAGAACUCAUUCCUGACGAAAAGGCUGGACCCAUCUUUUCGCGCCUCAACGAUCCAGCCAAGUCCAACAUGGCAUCCCGAUACUAUGUCUCCAAGCUCAUGGUUCUUUAUCUCACGAGGGAGAUUGCAGCUCGUCUUGGGACUUCUGAGAAGAAUGGUGUGAUUAUCAACACCCCGAACCCCAGCUACUGCAAGUCUGGCUUGUUGCGGGAAAAGGAGGAAUCCACUCCUCCAGAUUUCUUAGCUCGGACGCCAGAGAUGGGUAGUCGUGCUCUUGUCACAGGUGUUCUUGCUGGCCCUGAGUCUAAUGGGCAGUACAUGACAAACUGCCAAAUCCACGAGCCGGCUUGUCAUGUCACCAAUAAUAUGGGUGCUAAGAUACAGAUUGCGAUGUACAAGGAGUUGCUCCAGAAGCUGGAAGCUAUUGCGCCUGGUGUCACCAAGACUCUGUAA